UUCUAUCUCCCUCUUCGCUCUUCACUUUCAAGUUGCAGUAAUGAACGGUGCCGCCAUUAGUUUUAUCGAAGAAAACGGAAACGGAAGCGAUUCGGACGCGAAUUCCGAUGACGCGCCGGAAUACUACCAGCCGAUCUCCGCCGUCGACGACGACGGAAACUCAGACGGAGAGCACGGGGUUGAGUUCCACCAGCUGCCGAACGGAUACAGCAGCGGGCAUGGUGUAGCGGAGAACGGGAUCUCGUCUCUGGAUCUAAACGACGACGUAGAGCAUAAGAGCAGCGAUGAGGAGGAGGAGGAAGAGGAGAGAAGCGGAGAGGAAUUUGAGAGUGCGAUUCGGAGUGCGUUGAGGGAGGACGAGAACCGGAGGAAUGCGCCGCUGACGGUGGAUAACGCGACGAGGGUGAUGGAGGCGAUGCGCGGAGUGUCCUUUGCCGGAGUUGCUCCCGAUUGGGUUGCACAAAUCCCUGAGGAUUCCUGGAUUGAUCAUCUUCGCAGAUUGAGACAACCACCACACACCUAGAUAUAUUUAGAUUCAUUCUAUUUUCCCCUUCAUUUCAGUUCUGAAUUUGUUUUCUUUUUUCUUUACUCAUUCUAAGAAUUGUGUUUUGUGGGAACAAUUAUUUGGUCAAUUUCAUAUUCUUCUUGAUAAACCACAUAAA